AGCUGGUGCUUCCGCCGGGACGCUCUUCUGCGCGGACGCUGUUCCGCGUCACUUAGAGGGAAACUGAAGCGGCCCCCGUUCGACUGCCUGGCCCGGGAAUGGCCCCGAAACUUCCCGACUCUGUGGAGGGGCUCCGCGCUGCCGGCAACCAGAGCUUCCGCAACGGCCAGUACGCCGAGGCCUCCAUGCUCUACGGCCGCGCGCUGCGGCUGCUGCAGGCGCGAGGUUCUGCAAACCCUGAAGAAGAAAGUGUUCUCUACUCCAACCGUGCAGCAUGCCAUUUGAAGGAUGGAAACUGCACAGACUGCAUCAAAGAUUGUACUUCAGCACUGGCCUUGAUUCCCUUCAGCAUUAAGCCUCUACUUCGGCGAGCAUCUGCUUAUGAGGCUCUGGAGAAGUACCCCCUGGCCUAUGUCGACUAUAAGACUGUACUGCAGAUUGACAGCAGUGUGACAUCAGCCCUGGAAGGCAUCAACAGAAUAACCAGAGCUCUCAUGGACUCACUUGGACCUGAGUGGCGCCUGAAGCUGCCCUCUAUACCUGUGGUGCCUGUCUCAGCCCAGAAGAGGUGGAAUUCCUUGCCUUCAGAGAACUACAAAGAGACAGCUAAAAGCAAAUCCAAAGAAACCACAACUACAAAGAGCAGAGUGCCUUCUGCUGGGGAUGUGGAGAGAGCCAAAGUUCUGAAGGAAGAAGGCAAUGAGCUUGUAAAGAAGGGCAACCAUAAGAAAGCUAUUGAGAAGUACAGUGAAAGCCUCUUGUUUAGUAACCUGGAAUCCGCCACAUACAGCAACAGAGCGCUCUGCCAUCUGGUCCUGAAGCAGUAUAAGGAGGCAGUGAAAGACUGCACAGAAGCCCUCAAGCUAGAUGGGAAGAAUGUGAAGGCAUUUUACAGGCGGGCUCAAGCCUACAAGGCUCUCAAGGACUAUAAGUCCAGCCUUGCAGACAUCAGCAGUCUCCUACAAAUUGAGCCCAAGAACGGCCCUGCACAGAAGUUACAGCAGGAAGUUAACCAGAACCUGAACUAAAACCCCAAAGGGCAGCAGGAACCCUCUGCCUGACCUUCCCAGAGAAGCCAGAGGCCUCCUCCCCUGUAUCUGCCCCUGACACCCAGCAUGUCCCCGAAGGAGCUCCAAAGCACCCUCCUCAGCCCCUCCAAGAACCUUUGCUUGUUCAAAUUAACCCCAGUGUAGGCAAGCACAGGACUUUGUUUUGUCAGGAAGGUCCCCACUAGAGCUGAGGUGUGAAGCUGGAGCUCUGUCCCCAUCUCCUUACCUCAGACAGCUAGCAGAUCACACAAACAGCAAAGCACUUGACUUUGUCCCUGCCCCAAGUAUGCUGCAGACUGAGUACAAGACUCCACCUCUCUGCAGUUAAUCUGAACAACUGAGCUGGGGGUAGAGGGUAGUUGACAAGCUAAAACCCCAGCCCACGUACACCCAAAGCAGCCUGUUGAGCUGGUUCUCCAAGGCUGCCAUCUUUCUAAGGGCACAGUCUCCUAUGUCUGAACCCCAGUGCCUUCAGUUGGGCCCUCCUUUGUAGGAAGGCAGAGCCCUGACCUGUGGAAUUUCUGUCCUUGACUUUGUGCUGCUGCCUUCCGUAUGGAGCUACCUAAGCUACUUAAGAGCUCAGUGGUUAUGGCUGCUCCUCCUCGGAUGGGGAGAGAGGCCUCCUGGAGGUCAGUGUCCUUCCAUUCUGGGCAAGAGUUUGCCCUUUUUUCCCAACAGUGGCCCCUCCAGACUUCUUAGUUCUUCGUGAUAUGUUGAAGUUAAUUUGAACUGACUGAUUUUGUUGAACUGUGUGUUUAAGCUAUUGCAUUAAAAAGCUUUCUUCUACACAGGUAUCAGUUGUACUUUUAUGUCUUUUCAGCUUUGUGCCUCCAACUCUGUAGUGAUAAAAAAACCAAAAAAAGCUACUGGAUCUUAGGCAUUAUCAGUUUACUGAACAGAUUUUCUGAAAUAUCUGCAUGGGCCUGUAGUGCUAGGGAGAUAAUACACAGACAAUUGGUGACUGCUCGCAGAAGACUGGCAGUCUACUUGGAAGGCAAGAAGUAAUCAGAUCACCACCCAAAUGUAGAACUACAGCUGGCUGCAACAUCAUGAAGGAGGCAUCCAACACUUUUGCCUACCACCAGGGGGAGGUUUACACAAUGGAAGGUAAAGGACCCCAGGGCAGUAGAGCUUGAACUGAGUUCUAAGGGGAGAG